AUGGCUCGCCCUGGCUCCAUAGGAACUCUGAAACUUCCGGCAUGUGAGCGAUGUAGAGUCCGGAAGCUCAAGUGCGAUGCCGAUACCCAUUCGUCGAAAUGCGCCACGUGUGCAAAGAGCAGCGUGGCAUGUAUCAUUGUCGACAACGUCACUAAAGAGCGCUACACUCGCGGUGGCAUCUACCAAUUGGAGCAGAGAUUGAGAGAGCUGGAGGCCGACGUUGCUGCACAAUCGACGUCGGGUUUCACACAACAAGCCGGCGACUUACGACAUGUACAGAGCCCAAAGACUUCCGUUGGAGUUCGCCGUGGUCUCGAGCGCCUGACAAAGACCGCUAAACACACCAUACCACAGCCCUCUGCUCCUUUCGACGCCGUCCAGCCCUCGCCAAGCCGAAGCACGGCAUACUCUGCGUACGACUUGCCAUCAUGGAGUGCGGCCCAAGCCCUUGCCUCGCACUAUUUCUCUCAUGCGCAACUGCAUCACCCUUUGAUGCCGCAAUAUCCCUUUUCAAAUGCUCUGCAACGCGUUUAUGGUGGUUCUGAUGCUUCGGCGUCAGCGGAGGACCUAUUCCGCGUCAACAUUGUCUUUGCCAUCAGCUCGGUGACGACGUAUCGGCGCGGCACCACUCACGAGCAUCCGUAUGGAUACUUUCGUGCAGCUGUUCAGAAUCUUUCCAACAUCAACCUCACCGGCAGCCUCAGUGGGAUCCAGAACAUGCUCUUGAUUGCACGUUUUGCAAGAUACUACCAUAUCGACUGCUCGAUCUGGGACAUGUCACGAACGUGCAUGCGACAGUGCAUUGCAUUGAAACUUCAUCGUCCACCGAGGAAGUCUCUGGCGCCAAUAGAUGAGCAGGUUCUGCGUAACGUAUUCUGGGAAUGCUACCUACACGAUCGGUACAGCUCGGGCAUACUGGGUCGCCCCUAUGCAAUUGCAGAGGAGGAUAUUACCGUCCAGCUUCCGGUCGAAGUGAGCGAGACUGAUCUGAUAUCUGCUCAUGUGAGCUCCCUCGACGACCCGAGUCUGCAAUACUUCACGAAUCCCAACGAGGUUUCGGUGUUCCGCUUCAUCGUUGGCCUGCGAAGGGUUAUUGCCAAAAUCACUAAUCAUUUCCACCGUGCGCACACAUCUUCCAGCCGGCCCGGACGCACCCUCGCCGAUGCUCAGCGCGUGCGCGCGGAUUUCGAUCACCUCCUAAACCAGCUUAUGCAAGCCAGGAGCAAAGCCCCCAUCUUCGACAAUCCCACCAGCCUGUACCAGCGGUCUGAAUGGUAUGACUUCUUGUUCGAAAAGGAACGGCUGACCUUGAUUCGCGGGGCCUUGAACCAGAUACCGCUGGAUGGCUUCCACCCACCGCAAGAGCUACUUCGAUCCUGUCUGGGCUGCGGAAUAAACGUCAUUGAAUUGUACAUGGCACUGUUCUCGCACGGUCACAUCACAUGGAUGAGGUCAUACUUCCAAAUUCUGUUCACUUCCGGCUUGUCCAUCAUGUAUAGUGCUUCGUUCCUCAGCCAGAACAGAGCCAGCGUACAACACGACCAAAGUGACCUGGACGUUCGAGCAGCACGCGCGCUGGCCUCUGCAAGCGAGUUGAUGAAGAUGUUCGUCAUCGAAAUGCCCGAUGCCGCACGCUUUGCCAUGGUGUUCGAGGGCUUGAUGAAGCAGUAUAUGGGCACCGGCACUCGAGCAGUGCCAACCCGAGCAACCACCCCCUCGGGCCAUGAACCUACAGCGGAGAGCAACAAGCCCGCUGAUGUUGCGUUUGAGUCGAAUGCGAUGCAAUUGGGACCACAGGCAGUGCCCGAGCACCAAGACGUACCAUCAACUUACCUGGGCGCAGACCUCCUGAGCAUCCACCAUCCCGCGGACGCCCCAAGCGAACUACAUCUGCAAGCACCGCAACACUCCCAAGUCCAUCACGACAACAGCUUCCUCACACAGGGUCCAUUCGACGAGUCUCAACUCUGGACUCUGUUUUCUUCUGCCCCAGACAGCAUUCUCGGCCAAGUGGAGGCUGGCCUGGGCGAGUAUGCUUGGGGUAUACCGCCGGAUAACAACUUGUUCGACCAGUGGGAUGACUUUCGUGCUUCCACCUGA